UUCCGUGGAUAACUCUCGACAAGUUAACAUUACGCACUGUUCGCUCUUUUCAUUUUCUCUUGAUUUUUCUCACGACUUGAUUUGACGAACAUAAAAAAAAAAAUCGUAAAGUGUUUUAGUUAAAGAUAUCAACACGCACACGAAAAAGCUUUGAAAGAGCAAAGUGACAUCGACUGAUCAUACAUUUGCAAAGCGAUUUGAUUGAAUUUCGGCUGAGAUUUCAUUGGAGAUUUAUAGAAAAGUUUUCAUUCGUGAACAAUUUAAGUGUUUUAUUCUGAUUUUUUUUUCUGAAGUGGUAAAGAGAAAUAAAAAAAAAAAACAAUCGACAAAAUGAUGCACCACCACCAAAACGCAUACGUCCAGCAACAAUAUCAACAAACGUUGAUGCCACAGCAUCCACCACAACAAAUUAGCCAUCAACAUUUGCAUCAACAUCCGCAAAUGCAAACGGUUCAAAUGGCAAAAAUGCAAAGCAAACGACCAAUCGCACCGGCACCACCAUCAAUCGCCGAACAGAAUCAAAUGAACCGUGUCAGCAGCACAAUGAGCGCCAGUAAAAAAGCCAAGAUGACAUAUGCCCAUAUGGCAUACGCAGCAACUCAACCAGCUUCCGUUCAACGUCGAAAUGCUCGCGAACGUAACCGUGUGAAACAAGUCAACAUGGGCUUCAACAAUUUGCGCCAGCAUAUUCCAUCCGAUGUGGUCGGACAGCUAACGAACGGUGGCCGUGGUGCGAGCAAAAAAUUGAGCAAAGUCGAUACAUUGAAAAUGGCCGUUGAAUAUAUUCGUCGUUUGCAAGGAUUGUUAGAUGACGGCGAAAUGGAUUCGCUGGCAUCAACAAGUUCAACCGCAUCAUCCGUUUCAAAUAAUUCGUACUAUUCACCGAGCCCAGCAUUGCAGUGCACCAUUCAACCACCACCACCGUGCUCCGAAUCAUCUGCAUCGCCAACACCUUCCUACUCAUCCGACAAUUCAUCGGUUGGAAACUCCAGCUACGUCCUGCCACCGACCACAUACAAAUACCAAACAUACGAUUACAACGAUACCAUCAAUCACGACGAAGAAGAACUUUUGGAUGCGAUUUCCUGGUGGCAACAAACGCAAUAGACAAUUAUUGCCAGGCUACCAAACACACUAUCACAUGUCGUCAAUGCGCAUUAGAAAUCCAACACAAACAAUCAUGAAGAUGAAUCGUCCACUUCGAUGUCGAACGGGACUUUUUUUUUUCGACGCGAUAUGAACUGCUAUGUGCGACAUUGUUAACGCAUGAUGAAGACGUUAUCUAGUCAUUCCAUAAGAAUUACCUCUUCUUUGCAUUUUAAGUUUCGUUCAAUUUAGUACAAUCGCGUUAACCUUAAGUUUAAAAACAAUUGCAUUUGUUGAAGCGUAGUUCUUGUUUAAGUUUUAAGACCAACAUGUACUUAUAAACGUAACAGCCUUCUAUUGAUCUAAGCUCGAGAGCGAACAAAUUCUAUCGAAACACGUGCCUUUAAAAGUAAAGAACGAAUGAUUUCGACAUGGAACAACUGUGAAAAAAAAAAAAUCUUUUUUUACGCACAAUAUUUUCAUUCGAUUUAUUUGUUCGAUUCACUUUGCACUGAAUAAGCUCGCCAGUGACACAUUUAAAUUACCUAAUUAGAGAAGAGUAAAACAUUGUUCGUUGUAGAUUUAAAAUAUUUGUUUAUAUGAGAAACACUUUGCCAGAGAAACUAUUUAUGUAAAUUAAAUCGACUUGUAGCUUCGUAAGACGUAUCGAAUAAAAAGGUACA